AAAACUAUUUGAGUUCUGUCAACUUCAAAUUCCAAAUCAAAUUUUUUUUUGAUACCAUUAGAGGCAUGUCUAAAAAGUAAUUGAAACAAUGCUUUCUGAAGAACAAAUUUUGCCGUCUUCAAGCGUCGUUCAGUCUCCAGAACAGGGUCAAGAAAAUGUGGGUAGUAUGGAGGCCAAACCGCUAGGUCAGUGUAAAACGGAACUGAAGUCACUUACAGAUCAAUCUGAAGAGGACUUCAUAGAUUCUUUAAGUGAACAGGAAUACGAAAAUAAGGAGGCGUCCAAUAAGUUCCAGGUAGAUCUAAACCAGCCCAUAGACGGAAAUGGUGUGGAACAGUUUUUUCAAUCAGUUAAACAAGAGCAGAAGAAACAGGGAUCAAUAAAAGACAGUGUUGAGAAAGUUCAUAAAGAUGAGAGGGACUAUUCAUUUGGGAAUUCAAUUAAAUUUUGUGUGAUUUUUUGUGUAGCUGCGUUUGUUUCGCGGGUGUUGGUUACUUGGAUGCAUUAUGUUGACGUUUCAAGUAACUAUAACGGUAAUAAUAGUACAUGCUCUGUCAAUUUCGAAAAUAAUUGAUUUUAGACAUUGUUUUAAUUAGUAGUGCUAAAUGAAAAUUUAAAUAAAUACUGA